CUCAGCUUAAAGACUCUACCAAGUAUUGACAUCCAAAGCAAACACAGUUCAAACCCAAACAAUCAUAAGGGAAUUUCAGGUCAGGAAGAAUCAGAUCCAGAGAGUUUGAAGGAUGCCGAGGUCUUUUCUUGUGAAGAAGAAACGUGGAGCUUGUGGCGCGUGGCAGUGGAAGGAACCAGAACAGCAGGAAUGGCAAGAACACAGCCCAGCAGUCAGUGAAAACACUGUGGAGGAGAUUUCCUUCACUUCUGAUGUCCAGGAUGCUCCCAGUAUGCCUCAGCCAGCAGCUGCCCCAGGAUGUGAGGCAGCGGCAGGAAUUGUAGUCCCGGUACCUCUGAAAGGACCAGCAGGACCAGCAGAACACUCCAGACCAGACUGGUCUAAACUAAUGCUCCGAAGCUCCUUCUACUGUCCCAGUACACUUGCCCUUGUCAGCAGAGCAAAAUCCCGUCCCCGUACAUCCCCCAUCUCUGGAGACUUUGGGUGCUCAGUGUGCCACAAAAUCUUCCCUCUGCAGCGGAUGUUGACCCGCCACCUGAAGUGCCACAGCCUGGUGAAGAGACAUCCCUGUCGGUUCUGUGGAAAAGGAUUCAACGACACCUUCGAUCUGAAGAGACACAUGAGAACACACACAGGUAUCCGCCCCUACAAGUGUGAGCUGUGUGAGAAAGCUUUCACCCAACGCUGCUCUCUGGAGUCCCACAUGAGGAAGAUUCAUGGGGUUCAUCAGCAGUACGCCUACCGCCAGAGACGCUCCAAGAUCUUUGUAUGUGAGGACUGUGGUUUCACCUCGAGCCGUCCUGAUGAGUACUUCCUCCAUGUGAGGCAGCAUCAUCCCAGCAGUCCUGCUCUCCGCAGAUACUACCGUCGCCAGGCCCAUGAGAACAGCAGCUUUUCAUCAGCAGACCCUAAACUCAACCCCUACCUUCUAUACUCCGCUUCUUCUUACUACAUGUAGGAAUAUGCUACUUCUUCAUCUCUUUUUAUUCAUUUAAAUCGUCUUAGUUUUCAUAAGAUAUUCAGCUGUGGGACAUGAUGACUUUCUAUUCUGUAACUUUGUGUUUUCACUCUAUCCUUGAAACAAACA